AUCUAACACCAUUAAGCCUCGAACGAUCCCAACUCAAGAGGGGAGGAACACAGGGCACAAAUGACGGGACAAUAACGCGAAAUUCUUAGUAGAGCCUGAGCGAACGUGGAAAAAGUGUUUGUUGCGGAGGUAUACUCUCAUUGUGUCGGAAAAAGAAAAACUCGAAAGUGUCAAUCACUUUGCAAACUACAAAAGGCUAUUCUCGAGCGAAUGUUUGUGCAACAAUAGAUGCAGUGAAGUGCAUUUUCGGACAUAAAAUUGAUGAUCGGAACAUAUAUAUGUACAGAAAAAAAGAAAUAUAAUGUAAGAAGACCUUUGGACAAUCUAUCAGGUAUUGAGUACUGUAAUGGAUCAAGUAUAAAGGCCUUGUAAAUUCACCUCUACGUAUGAUUGAAGAUAAGUCUACCCUAUCGAAGGAUCAAAGAAGAAAGACCACACAAACAUGAAGAAACUAAGCAUUCAUGUAUGCUUUCUGUUUCUCUGCGCAAUAUGGGUAGCAACGGGUAUAAAGUACGAUACCACGUUGAUCGACGAGAUGCGAAACAAGUUAUUACGAUUGGAGAAAACGUUAGAGAGGGAUUUGUUCCACUCGAGGUUGCACGAGUUUGAAAAUGACGGGCAAGGAAAGUACAUAUGGCUCAUAAAAAGUUUCAAGAAAUUUGGCGACGAGUUAGAGCGAAAUUUCUCGACCAAUGGCUCUGAGAAUUUAAACGCGUUGAACCCUAUUUGGUUGUGGGCUCGUACAGAGAACGAGCUAAAAGGAGUAGACGGUUUGUACCGAGUUUUUCGAAUGAUGCAACAAGAGAUCGUCAAUGGAGAGGCUGCGCUCGAUAUACCAAAACUGGUCGAUUUCUUGGACACUAUUCUACAUGAUGCGAACGCGUCGAUCGUUCGCGCCCUAGGUCGAAUCAGUGAUUUGAUAGUAAACGAAAAGUUGUUCGUUUCGGCUUACCAGGAAGCAGCUUCGCAAAUUUGUAAUGAAAAUCAGUCACUUCAGCAGCUGCUCUAUAAUUUAUACACCACGGUGACUCUGUCGGAAAUUAAGGGUUACAGUAUGAUCCAAUUUUCUUAUAAACUGCUGCGGCUCUAUAAUCCAGGUACUAAUUUCACUGAAGAAAUGAAAAUAGUGCAGGAACAGUAUGAGGAGAGAACGAGGGAGACUCUGCGGGCUGUAAAAACAGCCAUGGCGUUUGCUCCGCGACAGCUUUGGAGAUGCGAUGCGAGACUACACAAAUUAGAUAAUACAUACACCAAAUUAACACAGUUGUUCCAAGGAUAUAUUGUGAAUGAAGUUGAUUUGAACAGUGAAGCGACCUGUAGAGAAAACUGUGCUUAUUACGAAUAUUCGAAAGUUAGUGGAUGUUAUCAAAAUCUAUUUUGUUCCCAGCAACGCAAAUGUAAUGGUAAAGUAUUGAAAUGCGAGUACAUCGAUUCCGAUAUGUGGAUUUGCCCCUCGUCAUCACAGAAUAGCGAUCGAAGAUAUGACUACAUAGAGUACGAAAAUGGUAUGAUAUUUGGGCAAAAAAACACUUGCAAUAAAACCGUAACCAAAGUCGAUAGCUGGUGGCGUUGGUUAUUCUGGCACUGCAGUUACUGCUUUUGCUAUUGUGAUGACAAUACUAUGAAUUCUGAUCGGUACUUUAGCUUAAGAAAAGUUGAAUCUGAUAUAGCAAACAACAAAGUCGUGACGGGAAUCCGAUUUAGGAAAGUGAAUCAAAUAAUACACAUGCAGAUACAAGAAGGUGAAUUACUACCACGUGGAUACAUUGAUCAAUCUACUGUACGUUGGAAACCAAUUGAAGAGUUCAGUGUAUUAGAUAGAAACGUUAAAAAUGGUAUUGAUUACCAUACUUUAUCGUGGGAAAAAAGAGGUUUAGAUUUAGACGAUUUAGUCCAUGAUGAUGAUGAUUACCUUUUGACAGGUCUUAAAUUUCGAAUGGUUGGUCCACGACUAAAUUUAGAAGUAAAAAUGACAGCUUUCAAUUUCACAACUGGAAAAUUAAUAAAACCUUUAGAAAAGAGCCUCUGGAUCAGUCAUGACAACACUGACAGAACUGAAUUGAAACUUGAGAAUCCCGAUAUACCAAUUCAAACACCUCUACUGGCACUACCAGACUCGAAACCGCAGCAAUAUUUGAAUUUUGCACCAAGCGAUCGUAAAAAAGAUGCUGCGCAAAACACAAUACCAUUCCUUGACAUUCAGUCAGUAGAAUCAAAUCCACCAGUUCCAAUCGCAGGUGCUGGUAUUUUUCAUAAAGGCCGAUUAGCGUCGGGUGGAUACGUAGCAAUGAGAUUGAUUACGUAUGAUUUUAGUAAACAUUUACAAGUUGAUUUACCUCCUUCUACAGAUACAGUUAUUGAUGCACCAAAUGAGAUAAGAGUUAUAUAAAUGUAAUUUUGUUCGCGUUUUUCCCUACUCCUAAAGUAUAUAAUUAUACUAAGAUAUAGUUCAUAAAUAUUAUUUGUGUUAUGUUCUUACUUUAAUAUGUCUUUCACUAAUUUACGUUUUCAGUAUAACUCAUAAAAUCAACUAUACAUCAAUAAUAAUUCCUUUCUUUUAAAACAACUCUGUGUCAAAUACUCUUUUUGUGCCAUCUUAGCAUCUAUAUAUACCCGUUUUAAAACAACAUAUCAUGAGAGCCAAAUUCUUUGUA